GCGCUCCGGGCCGCGGCUGGAGCCGGCCCAGCGGGGAGCCCCGGGGAGCCAGCGGCCGCCGAGCGCCUCAGAUGCGUCUGUCACACAACGCCGGCCGAGCUAUUUAAAGUAACGGGCCUCGCCGGACUUUGUCUCUGCCUAUUUAUGAGUCCCCGGGAGCUGGCCGGCGCCGCCGGGCAGCGCUAGGAGCCGCGCCGCAGCGCCAGCCCCGCGGGGACGCCAGCGCCGAGCCGGGGGCCGGGCCCGCCCGGAGCAUGACGGCCAUCGGGGCGCUCCUGCUCUGCUCCUGCCUGGGGCUGCUGCGGCCGGGCGCCGGGCAGCCCUUCCUGCGGCUGCGGCCCUCGCCCAGCGACAACCUGCCGGUGAAGGACAUCGUGGAGCACCCGGACCCCGAGUACGACCCGAAGGAGCAGGACCUGGACGAGCGGACUCUGCGCAAGAAGCUGGGCAGCCAUUUCGACCCCGGCUUCAUGGCCGUGGCCGUGCCGGGCCCCGCCAACGCCUCCGCGGGCGCCGAGGCGGCGGCGGGGCGGGCGCGGGCGGCGGAGCUGCGGCGCUUGGAGCGGGGCGGGCCGCGGCUGCGGGUGGGCAAGAAGGCGAGGCGGAAGGUGCUGCAGUGGCUCUGGGCGUACACCUACUGCCCCGUGCUCUACACCUGGAAGGACCUGGGCGUCCGCUUCUGGCCGCGCUACAUCAAGGAGGGCAACUGCUUCGCCGAGAAGUCCUGCUCGCUGCCCGAGGGCAUGUUCUGCAAGCCCGUCAAGUCGGUCACCAAGACGUUCCUGCGCUGGCACUGCCAGGGCUGGUCCAGCCAGAAGUACUGCACCUGGAUCCCCGUGCAGUACCCGCUCAUCUCCGAGUGCAAGUGCUCCUGCUAGCACGGCCCCGCGCCGCCCCGGCCCUCGCGCUGCUCUCUUUGCUCGUCCGCAUCUUCCGAGGGGGGGUUCGUCCGCCCUCCCCCUCGGGGCGAGCGCGGGGCGUGAUGGGGGGGUCGGGGGGAGGAACCGGGUCUGACUUAUUUUAAUGUUAUUUUAUUUGAAAGGGGGAGAAGCGAACCCAGGAACUGCAGGGCAGGCCAAAGGCACAGUAAAGCACUACAAUCAGAUGUCUAUUUUUAUACGUAUAUAGCCUUCUAACGAAAGGAA